GUCGAACAUGGGCCGUAGAUAUCAUCGUCCAUUCAAAUCGUGUCCUGCGACGAGACGAAGAAUUGAGAAAAAAUCCCGAGCUUGAAGUCAACCUCCUGCUUGUCUGAAAUGGCGGAAGAGGGACAGGUGAUCGGCGUCCACACCGUGGAGGCCUGGAACGAGCAGCUCCAGAACGGCAACGUUUCCAAGAAGCUGAUGGUCGUGGAUUUCACUGCUUCCUGGUGUGGCCCAUGCAGAAUUAUUGCCCCUGUCCUGGCGGACUUCGCCAGGAGGAUGCCUAAUGUCAUAUUCCUGAAAGUGGAUGUUGAUGAGCUGAGGAGUGUUGCCGAGGACUGGGCUGUGGAGGCGAUGCCGACUUUCAUGUUCCUGAAGGAAGGCAAGAUCAUUGACAAGGUCGUGGGCGCAAGGAAGGAGGAGCUCCAGAUGAAAAUAACAACGCACGCGACUGAAACUGCUGCUGCUUGACCACUCUUAUGUGGACAACAAACUGCUCUGACUUGUCGAAUUCUAUCUGUUAAAUAAGUUUGAGUCUGUCUAUGGAUCUUCUUUUCUCGUAUAGUCUUCUCUUCUUCCCUGUUUACCGAGCUGAUGUCGUCUCAUUCACUAUCGAGGUUUAGACCUCUCUCGGUGUUAUCAGUAAUCUGAGAUAUUCGGUGCUAUGAGUAAGAUGAGACGUUCGUUCACUGCCA